CCUUUUGCUACGUGAUAUGAGAUGAAGUACAAGAAGUAUCUCUUGGAGAACAAAGACAUUCCACGAACAACACAGCAUCGCUGGAGAAGACGAACCCACCAUGUUGGAGUCCGUGGACCUCAAAAUGCUGUCGUUGAUAUGUUACAGCAAGACCCAGCUUUUUUUGACAUGCGUAUCAAGCACAUGAGCGAUACUUUGCAGCAGAAUCAGACUUCAGAAGACCAGAAUCCAGUUUUGACCAUCAGCCCUGUACAGACAUCCAGUCAGCAAGAAGUUGCAAAGGAUUCAACUACACCUCAUGGUUCAAGCAUCCUACACAAUAAAGUGGAAGUCAAUGUGCAGGUACUCUUUCAUGAGAAACAGAAAACGGCUGACUACCAAGAAGAAUCAAGUGAGGGCAAUGAUGACAUUCAACAUGGCACUACAGAGAAUGAAAUUAUGGAGAAAACGCCCAGCAAUGAAAGCCAUGUAUCUCCUUUAUGGACAGUGUCAGAAUACAGUGAGAAAGCACUACAUGAACAAAAAAGAAAAGAGCAUGAGUUGCUCCUCCUAGCUCUAAAAUUAAAACAUGGUUUGACCGAUGAAGCACUAGAAGACAUGCUUCAAGUCAUAAAUGCUAUCACCGGUAAACACUCAGUGUCAGCUACUAAACAUCACUUCUACAAAAACAUGACUGAUUAUAGGGACUAUAUUAUUAUCAAGCAUUUCUGUUCAGAUUGUAUGGUCUUAAUGGAAACAAAAGAUGAAAAAGUAGGUUGCAGAAUUUGCGGCAAACAAGUUGAUGCAAAGGAGCACGUGAAAUCGGGCAACUUUUUUAUUGUUCUCCCUCUAGAAGCACAACUACGAAAUAUUAUUGAACAACACAAGUUUUUGCAGUUGACCGUCAAUAACAAGGAUGACGUAAAUGGACACUUGGGUGAUGUAUGUGAUGGUGUGCUCUAUAAAAAGACCUUGCAAAUCUUCACAACUUUAAAUGAUUGCCCCAAUUUUUCAAUCACCUUUAGUUGUGAUGGUGGACCACUGAGGGACUAUCCUGAUCACACCAGUGUGAUCGUAUGCUUCAGGGACCACUCAGGGACUAACCUGAUCACACUGGUGUGA